AACACAACACGGCUGACGACGAGCAGGUGUACGCAGUCGAAUCAGUGGAUUGCGAAUUCAGGAUCCUAUACAUUCAGGAGUCGGACUGAUGGGUGACGAAUCCGUAGAGCGGCAGUCCGCGUCACCUUAUAGAUAGGGCUGCCUGAGAGGUUGUAUUGAUAGUACAAAUGGUGCUGCAUGCACCAGCAAUGUCCGUUAGCCACAAACGCUAGGCGAUCUGACUUGAGUUUUCAAGAAUUUCUUAUUUCCCUCUAAUUAGGUCUAUUUUCCGUGUUUACCGUGCUUACGCCUUUUUUAAUCUAGUCUAGCAAGUAUGUUGACGCUUCACGUGAAAACGCCUGGAGCACUUCGCAGGUGCUCCAUCAGCGUACCUGUUAGCGUGCAGCUUGGCAAAUUGAAGCAGCGAGUUUGCGAAGCAACCGGGUUACCAGCUGACGACCGGCUCACACUCAUUGUGCGAGGAGCCGUGCUCGCAGACGUUCUGGCUUCUUCCUCGUCGUCUCAACCGUCGGAUCGUGCGUCCCGUUUGGACGGCCAGGAUGGUUCGGUGAAUGCAUGCGGAGAUGACAGGAGGUCAGAUGCUGCUACGUUGGAUCUCCGAGACAACGACGUCAUACUCGCUACAGUGCGCCCUAGAGCACCCCCGCCUCAAGUGGCCAACGCUAGAGUGGGGGAGGUGGAGGAGGAAGAGGAGGAGACAUUUGACAUCCCACCAUCGGCAUCGCCUCUCCAGCGCCGGAUCUUCCUGCUCCUGCGAGACAAGUAUCGAAUUCCAGGUUUCCUCCUCAUCCCUUUCUUCUGGCUCUCCCCCCGCACGUGGCUCUUAGUCAUCCUCUGGUUUAUUGCAGCACCAAUGCUUCAAAUCUACUUUGAACUCGGCCCUCUCUUUAUUCUUGGCACCUGCUUUGCACUCAUCUUUGUCAACCUGGGCACACGGCAGCAAGGAGAAGCAAGUGCCUAUUCUAUUUUCAACGAGGACUUUCAAGAGCUGCCCGGCACUCUCAAUGCACAGCGCUUGGAUGAACACAUCAGAGCUGGGCAAUUUUGAUUUGAAGAAUGGGCGGAAUUAUAAUCGUCUUUUGACUGAUAUCACCUGAUUUAGGAG